AUGGCGAGCUCCAGAAUGGUCCCACCAAAAGACAAUGGAGAACAUUCAACAACAAAGGUAAAGAAGCAUAAGUCUGAUCCAGAGAUUCCCAUCACUGUAGCAAUAUCUUCAGAUAUCUUCAGAGGUCCUGUCAUCAACUUUGCCAAGGCUCUGAAGGAGGUGAAUGAAGCUCUGACAGAGAAAUAUCCUAAGAGCCGAGAGCUCUUUGAGGUCCUUCUGAUCAGUGAUAACUCACCCAAGUCACUGAGGAGCACCAUCAGUGAAAAUGAUCUGGAUGAUCUGAUUACUGUGAGUGAGGAGGACCUGACUGCUCUACUACAGCGAAAGAAAAUCCAUCUGUUCCUGUCAGCUGAACGGCCAAAGGCUGAAGAAGCCUUGAAAAUGGGUACAGCUGCUGCUGUAAUCUGUCCAAAGAAGAUGGAGGCAUUGCCAGAGACUCAGGCUGAGACCCCGCUGCGCAUCGCCUUUGAUGGUGACGCCGUGCUCUUUUCUAACGAGUCAGAGCUCGUUUUCAAGGGUGGAUUAAAUGCAUUCUUAAGGCACGAGGAAGAAAAAGCUGAAGAGCCAAUGAACAAGGGACCAUUUAAAGAAUUCCUGGAGGUUCUACAGAAGCUCCAGAGAAAAUUGGACACAAAAGCCAUUCGCACCUACCUGGUGACAUCUCGUGGUGCGGGCUGUGCUGGGUACAGAGCCCUGAAGACUCUGCGCAGCUGGGGCCUGGAGACAGACGAGGCUGUGUUUUUAAGCGGGACAAAGAAAGGUCCCACCCUGAAGAGAAUCAGACCCCACAUUUUCUUCGAUGACCAGGAGAGUCACAUCAGAGCUGCUUUCGAGGCUGGCACAUUGGCUGGCCAUGUACCCUAUUAG